CUCUCGCAAACUGGUGGGAAACAGUGUGAGGAGGAGGAGGAGGAGGACACCGCUUCGCUGCACGGACACACAAUGACAGGGACACCUGGCUGCUUUCUGGAUUUGGAGUCUUGUAGUAAACCGCUGCGUCUUUGACUCUGUUGGACCUCAGGCUCCACGGAUCCAAAACUUGAGAAAACAAAGUUUCCACCUACACUGCUCUCACUGGAAUACACCAUAAAGUCUCGCUGCCGCCAUGGAGGAGGAACAGUGCUACUACAACGAGACCAUCGCCUUCUUCUACAACCGCAGUGGAAAGAACCUGACGACGGAAUGGAACACGGUCAGCCGGCUGGUGAUGGGCCUGGGCAUCACCGUGUGCAUCUUCAUCAUGCUCGCCAACCUCCUGGUGAUGGUCGCCAUCUACGUCAACAGGAGGUUCCACUUCCCCAUCUACUACCUGAUGGCCAACCUGGCAGCUGCUGACUUCUUCGCCGGAUUGGCCUACUUCUACUUGAUGUUCAACACGGGGCCGAACACCCGGCGGCUGACCGUCUCCACGUGGCUGCUUCGCCAGGGACUCAUCGACACCAGCCUGACGGCGUCCGUGGCCAACCUGCUCGCCAUCGCCAUCGAGCGCCACAUCACCGUGUUCCGCAUGCAGCUGCACACGCGCAUGAGCAACCGCCGUGUUGUCGUGGUGAUUGUUAUAAUCUGGACCAUGUCCAUCGUCAUGGGCGCCAUCCCGAGUGUCGGCUGGAACUGUAUCUGUAGUCUGACCACUUGCUCCAACAUGGCGCCGCUGUACAGCAACUCCUACCUGAUCUUCUGGGCGGUGUUUAACCUGGUGACGUUUGUUGUCAUGGUGACCCUGUACGCCCACAUCUUUGUGUAUGUGCGGCAGAGGACCAUGAGGAUGUCGCGGCACAGCUCGGGACCCCGACGCAACCGGGACACCAUGAUGUCGCUGCUGAAGACCGUGGCGAUUGUGUUGGGAGCCUUCAUCAUCUGCUGGACCCCCGGCCUCGUCAUCCUCCUCCUCGACGUCUUCUGCGCCAACUGCAACGUCCUCACCUACGAGAAGUUCUUCCUCCUCCUCGCCGAGUUCAACUCCGCCAUGAACCCCAUCAUCUACUCCUACCGCGACAAGGAGAUGAGCGCCACCUUCAGGCAGAUCCUGUGCUGCCAGCGGCAGGAGAACGUCAACGGGACGGUGGCGGAGGGGUCGGACCGCUCGGCCUCGUCCGUCAACCACACGGUGCUCAGCGGCGGCGGGGCGCACCACCAGCACCCCAAGCACCCCCAGCACCGCCACAACGAACACUCAGUAGUGUAAAGGAGGGCUGGACAUCCUGGAGGUUAAUCCCACUGGUUGAAGGGUUAAUCUCUCGUCGAAACUGGGAAAUGGAGGAAUGCAAAGGUCAAGAGGGACAUGGAUCAUAUUAAAGAAAGACUGUAACGUAAGACAUGUGAGGAUGAAGAUGAAGGAGCGGAUUUGAUGAUGAUGAGCUGAACGAGAUCUCAAUGAAGAAGAACGGCAACUAUGAAGAAAGAUGAAGAGACUGUUAUCUCUGUGUGGAGGAGGAACACAGGAAUGGUCUGAUCUUCACAGACUCUGAUAGACUGUUAGCAUUUGUUUUGUUUAGCUGUUUAUUAUUUUCUCUCGUUGUCAAAUGUCUCGGCUGAUAUGAACUAUUUAAAAGUAAUCUGUGAAAUGAAGGUAUUUGCCAGUAGAACCCAUCCUCUUUCUCCGGUCUUCU